UCGAUUUGGCCCUCCCCGGUUCCGGUUCGGUGCUGGCGGCGCGGCCCGCACCGGGGCGGCGGCUCUGGGAGCCCCCGAUGGCGUCAAGCGCCGCCCGCGGGCCGCCGUGCCGGGAGCGGAGUGUCCGGGAGCGGCCGGGACGACGAUCGGGUUCUGCCGGGCGGAGCCGGAGCCGUAGUGGGGAGAGGGAGGGUGAACAGAGAGCGCUCCGGGAGGAGCUGCCGGCGGGAGGUCUGGACGGUGAGGAUGGAGGAGCAGCUGCGAAAUCCCCGAGGAAACCGGGGCGGCCCCGAGCCGGUCCCGACGGCGCGGCGGAGGGGCGCGGCGAGAGCUCCGCCAACGGGGCAGUAGCGGCCCCUCGGGCUGCCGGGCGGCGCGGCAGGAAGGGCAAGGCCGAGGUGCUGCUGGUGGAGCUGUCCCGGGCCCCGGAGCCCCUCCGAGGGGAAAAGGCGCUGGGCAGCAGCGAGGACGGGAACGGCCCGGACACCCCGCGGGGCGGGCGGCCCAAGAGGAGGGCGGCCAAAGUGGAAUGUGUUUGGAUCCAGGAGCCCCUGGCAGGGCGCAGCAGCUGCCUGUGGCAGGAGGAAUUUCCUUGCUUCCUGACAGAGCAGGAGGAAUUAUUGGUGGUAGCAAGGGCUCUGCUGUACCUGCAGGAGCUGGCGGAGGAGCUGAUGCCGGCGUGCCAGCCCCCUGCUCCCGCCAAGGAGCCUGAGCACGGCCAGAGGAAGCGCCGGAGGAGGAGGAGGAGGGAGGAGGACACGGACAGCGACGACCCUGCACGCGAUGCAGACUUCGUGCCCUCGCAGGAGGUGCUGCAGGCGGAGGAGGAGGAGGAGGAGGGCAGCGACACGCUGUUCAGCGAGGCGUCAGAGCCAGAGCUGGAGGCACCUCGAGGGCACGGCGGGAGGACGGCGGCCACGGGGAGAUCCAAGCCCCAGUGCCGAGGCCUCGCCCCCAACGGCUUCCACAACUCCAUCAUGGCCCCAGUGGAGAAGAGCUCCAGCCUUACCUGCAGCCUGCGGGAGCAGAAGCACUCGCAGUGGGAGUUCCCUGACUGGAUCCCAGUGGCACACAAGUGGACGUGUCUCUCUGACAGCGAGGCUGCCCCGUACCUGCCGGCAGAGGAGAAGUCUCCCCUCUUCUCCAUCCAGCGCGAGGGCAUCAAGGACGAUGGUGCCUUGUACAGGUUGAACAGGUUCAGCUCUCUGCAGCCCCACCCAGAGCGCCUGGAUGUCUCCUUCUUCGUGGGUGGCCCGGUGUGGGCCAUGGCGUGGUGCCCGACCCCGGAGGGCUCCGCAGCGCCGCAGUACGUGGCCUUGUCCUGCCACAGGAGCAUGGAGGAGACACACAGCGUGUCUGGGCUUCACUCAGGCCCUGCCCUCCUGCAGCUCUGGGACCUUGGCACGCUGCAGACGGAGCAGGGCUCUCCCAACAAGGCCAGGCUGGCCUAUGCCAUCGCUGCUGACUAUGGCUGUGUGUGGGACAUGAAGUUCUGCCCCAGUGGUGCCUGGGAGCCACCUGCUGCAGCCCGGAUGCACCCAGAGAUGAGCCGGCUGGGCCUGCUGGCCGCUGCCUUCUCGGAUGGCAGGGUGGUGGUGUACGCCCUGCCGCACCCCGAGGCCCUGCACCACGCCAAGACAACCCAGGUAAAAGAUGGGUCCCUCCACAAGCACCUUAUCUGCAAGGUGCAGUGCAUUGCCACACUUCAGGUGGGCUCCAUCCAGGCAGGUAAUGCAUCUGAGUGUGGACAGUGCUUCAGUCUCUCCUGGAUGCCUUCCAAGCCCCACCAUCACCUGGCAGCAGGGUUUUAUGAUGGCACCGUGGCAGUGUGGAACCUGCUCACCAAGUCCCUGCUGCAGUGCGUGCACCAGCCGGAUGCCUCCCUCAAGCUCUACCCUUUCCGGUGCUUUCUAGCCCAUGACCAGGCAGUUCGGAGCAUUGAGUGGUGCAAGGCUGACAGCAACUUCCUGGUGACGGUGGGCAGCGACCGCAAGAUCAAGUUCUGGGACCUGCGGCGGCUCUACGAGCCCAUCAACAGCAUCAAGCGGUUCCUGAGCACCGAGGUGGCCUGGCUGCUGCCCUACAAUGGCAUCACUGUGGCCCAGGACAACUGCUACGCCCCGUAUGGGCUCUGCGGGAUCCACUACAUCGACGCUGGGUACCUGGGCUUCAAGGCCUAUUUUGUGGCCCCUCGCAAGGGCACCGUGUGGAGCAUCUCUGGCUCGGACUGGUUGAACACGGUGGCUGCGGGUGACAUCACCGGCGAGCUGGUGGCAGCGGUGCUGCCUGACCUGGCUGUCAACCCCCUCAACAUCAAGCGCUCCUCGGACCGCAGAUUUCCCGUGUACAAAGCUGACCUGCUGCCGUGCAGCCCCGAUGGGCCCGAGAGCAGCGAGCAGGCCCUGCCCAGGACCCAUCACUACAGCGAGAUGGCAGCCAGGAGCUACCUCCGCUUCCAGGACACGGACCUGCGCAGCUUCCAGAACUUGCCGAGCCGGGAGCCCGUGCGCCGCAUGCACGUGCAGGAGCUGAAGGCAGAGCUCAGCCUCGACCGCCUGCAGCUGGAGGCCCUCCACAAGGUGCGCUUCAGCCCCAACCUGGACUCGCAGGGCUGGCUGGUGUCAGGAGGGCAGGCGGGCAUUGUGCGGGCACACUGCCUGGCAGGGCUGGCCUCCGUGGGCCACCAGCUGCUCCCAGAGUGCCAGGCCCGCUUCAGCAUCCUCUAUGGGGACACAGCCCGCAGCCCUGCCCCCCCUGAGCCCUCCCUGCUGCCAGGGGAAUAGGGCGUCAGUGCCUCAUGCUGCUGCCAUGUGCUCGCCCUGGGCAGGGCUUGGGGCUGGGCCAGCUGUGCUGGCAUGGGGCUGUGGGCCCUCUUGGUGCUGCUUUCCUGAUGGGUGUCUGCUGCAGGGGGACAGCUGGUCCCAGCCAUUCCCUGGGAUGCUCUGGACACUUGUCCUCGCGCUCUGGGCCUGGAAGGUUCUGUCUGCACCGUUUGGUCUGAGCUGGGCAGGGGUGGUGGGACCUGGCGUGGCCAGGGCUGAGCUGUGGGUGUGACCCUGUGGAAGCCCCGUGGGCUGGGCUCCACCAGCGGUGGAGCUGUGCUUGUGCUCGCCUCCAUCCCCAGUGAGUGCCCGAGGGUGGGGAGGGAGCCGUGGAGUCGCUCACAUUGAGCUCGUGUUCAGCUGUGCAGAAUAAACGUGGUUGGUUUUGUA